AUGCCCUUAUAUGCCAAGUUCUUAAAGGAACUCAUCAACAAGAAAAGAAGCUGGUUGGAGAAGGAAACUAUACUUCUCACUGAAGAAUGUAGCACGGUGCUUCAAAAGGGGAUCCCACCAAAGCUUAAAGAUCCAGGAAGUUUUGUAGUUGCUUGCACCAUAGGCAAAAAGACAUUAGACAAGGCUCUUUGUGAUCUCGGAGCUAGUAUCAACCUAAUGCCCCUGUCUAUAAUGAGGAAGCUUGUUGUAGAAGAACUCAAACCCACCAGGAUGUCACUAGUCAUGGCUGAUAGAUCGAUCAAGACACCCAAUGGAAUUGUGGAAAAUUUGUUAGUAAAAGUUGGGGAGUUUAUCUUCCCUGCAGACUUUGUAAUUUUGGACACCGAAGAGGAAGGAAACAAUUCAAUCAUCUUGGGAAGGCCAUUUUUAGCAACCGCAAGAGCUAUAAUUGAUGUGGAAAAAGGGGAAAUGAUCUUCAGAGUACAUAAUGAGCAAAUGGUCAUAAAUGUAUUCAAGUCAAUGCAGCACCCCCUGCACAAGAGGAGUACUUAA